AUGGAGUCAGAAGUAAAUGGUUUUGCUGUUGAUCAAAAUAAAAAGCGCCAGCGGAAAAAGAAGAAAAACAGCAGAUUUCUGCGUAAUGCGAAGGGUUUUGCUAAACAGGGGAUUUAUGGACGCGGCACACACAUUGAUGAUGACCAGUACAAUUAUUUCAUUAAUAUUUUGGAUGCAAUGAAAAAUGGGUUUGAGGAUGUCGAAGAGAAAGUUAAUAUGGCAAACAACGUAUUCGCACAAACGAAUGAACAAGAAGUUCAUUUGGCAUCUAAUCAAAUUGUGUGUAAAGUGCUAGAGUCGUUGAUUGGAUUUGUGGAUGCAGAAAAUUUGGAACGUUUCUUUAAUGUGUUUGCUGAUAAUUUUCGACCGGUCUGCUCGGACCGUUUUGCAUCACACGUUUUACAAAAAAUGGUUGAGAUAGCCUUUUUGAGAGCUUUAGGAAAAGCGAGCCUAAAGAAUGCAAACGAAGCCGAUGAUAAUGCCGAUGCAACAGAACAACCAACUGCACCUAAACGGCUUAAAACUGAAGUUACAGCUAUUAGUGAAGAGGCAUAUAACGUGGUGACGGAUUUUAGCGUCGAACACCGUAAGCAGUGCAGUAAAUUUGUCGAACGCGUGAGUAAAUUUUUACUCAACAAUCUGGAAGAUUUCGUUUGGGAUCCCUGUGCCAAUCAUAUUAUGAGAACUAGCAUACUCAGCUUAGCCGGUGUACAUGUGGCAAAAGUGGCUUUCGAAAAGGGCGGCGCUGAUAUGGCAAAAAAUCGAAAAUUAUAUAAUGUACCAGAUGAGUGGCUGGAAGUGCUGAAGGAAUUUCCACAACGUUUAGAAAUGUGGCCACAAUUCUCAGAUUUUCCAUAUCAAGAACACUCCUCAGCUUUACUGGGAGUUAUUUGCAUUGCUUUACGCGCAACUGACAAACAACUUUUGAAACAUUUUGGCAAAAAAAUAUUAAUGGAAGCAUUCCUUAAAGUAGAGCUUAAUGACGACGAAAAGGAAAAGAAAAUUGAAAUAUUGGACGAUGACGAAGAGGCCGUCGAGAAAAAUGAGGAAACUGGUGAAAAAAAUGACGAAGGCGAAGGCGAAGGCGAAGAAAAAGAAAAAACUGGACCCAAAGUAAAAUUACCAAAAGUUUUUGAGUACCAAUCAGCCGUUAUCUUAUUGGAAACUUUGCUUACCAUUGCUGGUCCAAAGCUUUUGACUCAACUAUAUGCAAUGCUUUUCACCGGACGUUUAUCCCUACUAGCCAAGGAACAACUAACUAAUUUUGCUGUGCAAAAACUAUUGCAAAAUAUAAAAGAAAAGGAAGAUUUUGAAAAUGUAUUCGGCGAGCUGGUGAAUGACGUCGAAGAACUACUAAAGAUUGGGCAUACUGGUGUAGUAGAGGCGCUUGUCGGCGCCUGUCUACGUGUCGGUGCGAAGCAAGCACAAAGUAUUGUGUCGUUACAAACAGCGCUUCACACACCCGCGAGUGACAAGCAAAAAGUUAAGAGUUUCUUCCAUUGUUUAAUCAAACUGAAGCCGUAUGAGAUUGCACAGGCGGACAACAGCGCUUUCGUACACCUUCAUGGCUCACUUAUUGUACAACACAUUUUGCGCUUUAAUAAACCAAUUUUUUUGGUUAACUGUAUAUUGGAAAUCCCUGCCGAACAAUUAGUGACCAUUUUUAGUACACCAAAUGGGUCACAUAUUGUUGAUGCGUUCCUGCAGAGUAAAUAUAUUGGUGAGAAAUCUCGAGAGAAAUUCAUCAGAUACUUGGAGGGUUUCUAUGUGGAUUUAGCCACCACUAAGUUCGGUUCACGUAUUGUGGAUAGUUGUUUUGUGUCGGCGCAAGAACCACAAAAAAUGCGUAUAGUUAAAGAACUAGCAGACAAAGUGAAUAUGUUGAAGGGCACACCAUUCGGUAGAUUACUCUACAACAAAUUCCGUAUUGAAACCUACAGACUGUCGGCGACGCAAUGGAAAGCGAGCUUACAUGCGAAUAAGGAGCAACGCGUCGAUAAACUAUUUAAGGACAUUGUUAAUUGACUUUUAUAAUGAAUAAAACAUUUCUCGUUAGAAAUUA